AUGGUAUGGCGUAUGGGUGAAACAUGUUUACUGUUGGUUGACAAUAUUGAUGUUGAUCGUCCAGCUUUGUGCAGUCCUGAAAAGAAUUCUUGGUGUUGGAAAUGGAGAAAAAAUGUUAAUUAUACUGAUAUGAGCUCCAAUUGUGAAAGUGAUGAUGAUUUUGAAGUUGAUUUUGAACCACAAACAAAGAAGGCGAAGCAUAAAGAGAAGGAAAUGAACAAAGAGAAGAAAGGCGAGAGAAGGCCUUCCGUUCGUGAAAAGUUGUACCAAAGAGAUAUAGAAAAAGCAAUUGAAAUGUCACUAAUAAAUACACCUUAUGACAGAAAGGAUAAUGAUGUUGGACAAAAUGAAAGCAGUCAUAUCAAAAUAAAUAGUGAAGGUAUCGAUGAUGAUGCACGCGACACCUGCGAUGCACGUGACACCUGCGAUAAGAGUAGUGCUAAAGUGAACAAGAUUCAUGACAAUGAUGUCGAAAGUGAUUCCAAUGAAGAGAAAAUUGUGAACCUGAAGAACGGCAAGAAAAUGUCUGGUGGAGUCAUAUGUUUUCCGUGUCCUAUUUGCAUAUAA